AUGCGCUACUCGCUGCUGGCCGGCGGCAAGAGGGUCCGGCCCAUCCUGGCCAUCGCCGCGUUCCAGAUGUUCGCGCAGGGCGGCGCGCAGGCAGCGCUGGAGCCGGUCAUGCCGACCGCGCUCGCAGUCGAGAUGAUACAUACCAUGAGCUUGAUUCAUGACGACUUGCCCGCCAUGGAUGACGACGACUUUCGGAGGGGCAAGCCCACGAAUCAUAUGGUGUAUGGCGAAGAUAUCGCCAUUCUGGCGGGUGAUGCCAUGUUGUCCUACGCUUUUGAGUACGUGGCGAGGGAGACGCGCGACGUGGACCCGGUUAGGGUCUUGGAGGUUAUCAGGUUGUUGAGCAAUUGCGUGGGGCCCGAGGGCCUGGCUGGGGGGCAGGUCAUGGACUUGGAGAGCGAGGGCAAGACCGAUGUGUCUUUGGAAACCCUCACCUGGAUACAUACCCACAAGACCGCCGCUUUGUUGCGAGUUAGCUGCGCCGGGGGCGCCGUUAUUGGGGGUGCGAGUGAGGACGAUGUCCAGCGUGUCAGCGACUUUGCUGUCAAGAUAGGCCUCGCCUUUCAGAUUGCGGACGAUGUCCUCGAUGUCACCCAGAGUACCGAAAUGCUAGGGAAGACCGCAGGGAAGGACGAGGCCACCAAUAAGGCAACCUACCCCAGGUUGUUAGGCUUGGAGGGAUCCCGCCAGCAGGCGGAGAGGUUGGUCGCAGAGGCAAAAGAGUGCCUCGCCCCGUAUGGGGAACGCUCAAAGAACCUGCUUGCUCUUGCAGAUUUUAUCAUCAACAGAAGCAACUGAUUUCACUGGGAACACGUCAAAGCAAGACGUGUAUGAUCGUCUUUGUACAGCCUGCAACACAACACCAUUCUAAGCGGUUCAGAGGAUUUCCUCGCCACUCAUGCCCCAGCGUGAUUGCAAGUAAGCACUGGGGCAACGCUCGCUGCACAUAUCAAGAGGUAGUGAAGACAGCACGCAGCAACUUCGUACGCCGUACGGCAGCCAUAGCUUAUUGUUAAGCCUCCACAGAUGUGACACAUACGUUUUUAAACAUUUCUUUCUUAUA